GAGGAGUUGAGAAGAUUCCGGGGCCGUGUGGAGGAGGUGGUGCAGGAGAACCAGAAGCUACACCAGGACCUGAAACAGACAGGAGGAGUCAGCCACAAGGAGUGGAGGCAGCUCCAGGAGCAGGCCCGUCUGGUACUUCAGGAGAACCAGGUCCUGAUAGAGCAGCUGGAGGUGCAGCAUACGAAGGCUAAGGACAGUCAUGGGAGACAUUUGACUGAGGUCUCUAAGGUGUGUAAGCAGCUGAUGUUGCUGGAGGCAGAGAAGCAGAGGCUGGAGGGGGAGCUGGAGGUAACGAGGAGAGAGCUCCACACUCUGCAGACCGAACACCUGCAGGCACGGUGCAGUCUGGAGAAUGCAGUCAGCUGGGACGAACACCACGCCAUCGCCACCAAACUCAAACGCCAACUGGAGGCUGACUCAGGCCGUCAGCAGACUGAGCUAGAGGAGCUGCAGCAGAGAGUGACUAGUCUACAGACAGAGAAGAACAGUCUGCUGUUGGACAAAACCAACCUGACUGCUGACAUCAAGAGUCUGGAGGCUGACCUGGAGGUGUCCCGACAUGCUAACAGGAAGGCCCAGAGGCGUAUAGGCCUGUUGAAGCAGCAAGUUGAUGACUCUAUAGAGAAGGAGAUGAGAGCUCAUCACUACCUGUCCUCUAUCGUAGCUCUGGCUGAGAAGACCACACAGGAGAGAGACCAGCUAGUAUACAUGAUCCGUAACCCUCCCUGUCUCCUCUCUCCCUCCGCAGGCCUCGUCCCUAGAGCACGACAAGCAGGGGUGAUCAGCAGGAUUGUGGAGGACACCGUGCGGCUCGGAAAGCUUCAAGAGAAGGUCAAG